UCCUCAAGUAAUCUUGACUGAUAGAGAUCUUGCUUUAAUGAAAGCCAUUGAAACAAUAUUCCCAAAGACAGCUAAUUUGCUUUGCCGAUUUCACAUCAACAAAAACGUGAAAUCAAGGUGUAAGGAACAUGUUGUGGAUGAUAUGCGAGAAACAGUGGAGAAAAUGUGGUUUGAACUGAUAAAGGCUAGUGAUGAGAUGGAGUACCAUCAACGGUUGAAACAACUUGAGGAUGCAUGUGUUGACUCCAAAGGUUUUAUUGAUUAUGUGAAUGACACGUGGUUGACACCGCACAGACAUCGAUUUGUCGAAGCAUGGAUCAAUCAAGUGUUACAUUUGGGCAACACAACAACAAAUAGGGUGGAGUCUGCGCAUUGGAAACUUAAGCAAAUGUUAGAGAAUAGCUUAGGUCACCUUAGUUUGAGUUACUUUCCUAUGACGAGUGCACAUUCACCUAAUGCAUCCAUUUACUGUAUCGGCUUUGUCAAUGGAAAUCAUUGGGUUCAGGUAAACAUGAAUGAAGGAUUCCCGUUGCCACCUGUCACAACUGAUUGGACGAAAUAUCGCACAAAAGAUGCAACUUCUUGGAUGGUAGGAUUUGCCGGGCGGUUACAACAUUGGCAACGGCUAAUGCCUAUACUACCAAAACAUGUCAGCUUAGAUUGAUUUUAUGAUAUUACAACAUUAGUACUAUUGGAUUUUAAUAUGUUGCCAAAUGGAUUAUAAAUAAUUAAUC